AUGAACGGAGGAGAAGGGGAGAAGGGGAAGGCUGGAGAGAAGGUGUGCCGGCGGUGCAAGAAGCUGUACGAUCCAUCGUCCAACGCGUCCUCCUCCUGCAGGUUCCACCCGUCCUUCUUCGUCUCCCGGAGGCACGACGACCAGAAGAGGUCUCCUCUUCCCCUCCGCCAUAAUCCUCGAUCGCUGGUUUUCUCCGAUAAUUACCGAAUCAUCGGUUCACAUGAUCAGAUUUGCCGGAAGAUCUGAUCAAAUUGGGGAAGAACAGGAGAACUAGACGAAUCAGCUUCCCCAUGUUUUUUUGUCCCCCUUUCUCUCGAUUUUCUCUGAGAGAUUCCUGUUCAUCUCGUGUUUUCCAUUUCCAGCGCAUCAUUCCCACGCGAUCGUUUCUAGAAUCAUGGUUCAUCUCUUAUUCGAUUCGUGCUGGGGAAUCAGGGAGCUCUGCAAUUAUUCGCAGAAGACCUCGCCCCGGCAUGGAACCCUAAUUCUCCGAUCCCACCUCCCUUCUCCAUGAUUCCUGCGAAUAAUUGGGGAAAGAGUUCCAGGUCCAUUAGAAAAUGUUCUUCACGAGCUCAGAAACUGAGAUAGACAUCGAUGAUAAUCCUUUCUCUCCGCUGGGCUUCUGAGAUCUUCAGGGCGGAAUCCAUAAAGCACUGGUUAGGAGUUGACCAAGCUCGCAAAGCCAUCGAGGGUAAAAGUGGCUGAGAGUUGACCAACCUCAGAAAACGUAUAUCUCCAAUGAGGGAAAUAAAUACGUCAUUCAUGAUCUGAUCAUCUUCACCUCAAGUCAUUGACUUUUUUGAGUCGGAUGAUCCAAUAACUAACUCCACAAGAUGGGGUCUUUCUAUGUUUCUUAUUUCCUGAGGUCAAAAUGGCGGUUCUUGAGGUUUUGAUGGGGGUUGACUACUUUCCGCAUCCGUGUUGAAGGUACUACGAGCUGGGGCCUGAUGAUCCUCCCUACGCCGCCAAGUUCUACGACUGCUGUGGGGCCGAGGACCCCGCCGCCUUGGGCUGCACUGUGAGCUUCCACGUCUCCUAUGACGACGGCGAUGAAUGA